UAUGAACGACUUGCACACACGUCGUUAAUGCUGUUAAACUGUGUUCCUUUGGCUCUCCACGGUCGUGAAGAAUGGCGGCUGGUGCUUGAUGGUAACAUUACGUGCUGGGUCCAAUGGUGGCAGUACGUCCUGAUCGCUUACAACAUCGUAUUUGUGAUUCCAUUUCUUCUAGUUUUAUUGGUGGGAACAUCAAAGCUGGAACGCCAAAAGAUAAGCGCAUUGCAGUUUGUUGCAGCUUGUUUUGUGCCUUUACCUUUCUUGAUAUACUGGAUGUUGAGGCGCUGUUUUAGAAGUGACAGUGAUGAUGACAGACGAACUCCUCAUCAAAGCCCCCAGGGCGAAGAAAAACGUAAAGCUCUACUUGGGGUUCUACAAGGACCGUUCAGACCUCCAGACAGCCAAUCAAGAGGAGCCUCUUACUGGGAAAGCAUUCUUAUUGGUCGCCGUUUGGUUUUUCUGUGCCUGUAUUCAUUCAUAUCAACCCCAAUGCUGCAAAUGCUCCUUAUGACAGCUGUUUGCAUCGUCAUUCUUGUCCAUAAUAUUGUAGUCAGACCGUACAAAGAUCAAAAAGCACACCUUUUUGGCGUCAUCAUGUUAUCCAUGCACGUUGCCUUGGCGAUUAUAAAUCUUUGUAAAUCUGUACUUCAUACUGUUGGCGUGACACCAACUGGUCCAAUUGAAGCACAGAUAAAAGGUCUACAGCUAUUUGAAGUAGCAUUACUGGGAGCUCUACCACUCAUUUUUGUAUUACUAAUUCUGUUAACCCUGCUCUCCCAAAUCACUCGGGUAUUUGUGAUCGUGUUACGAUUCUUCGUGCUCAGAUCAAGAGGCAAAGUGCGAGCAUUGGCCAUAAACAGCGACAAUGAUAACCGUCGACCAUUAUUAGCUUAUGCUGGCGAGCAAGAAAGCCUCUCUUACAGCACAGGAAGUGAAGUGCAAGAAAAAGAUUGUAUCAGAUAGAACGUUCAAGAGCAAGUGAGCAAGUAUAUAUGAUAAACAAUAAGAUAUUUGCCUUGUAGAAUAGUAUUUAUAGACAGAUAAGAGGCCUGUUCUCAGUCUGACCCCUAGCUCAGCUGGUAGAGCAUCGGUAGUACGAUUCCGAAGGUCUUGGGUUCGAAUCCCAGCGAGGUCGGAAAUCAAAUGUUUCCGAAUUUGAUUUCAAGGGCUUUCGCCCGGAAUAACCUCGUUCC